UUUAGGUCAGAUGUGUGUGGUGAGUGAUCAGUAUUAUUGCAAACAUUGUGAUCUUAAGUUUGACACACUGCUGCUGUGAGAUCUGUGACAAACACACACACGCCCUGAGAGUGAGAAAUACUGUGUUAAGGAGGAAAUGAAUUUGUCAAGAAAUGAACAGGAAGAUGUUUGUCACACAGACGAGCAGCAGCAGGAUGGAGACGCUCGGCUUGAUUCUCUUCAUGUGGGUGUCUCUUUCAGGGGCCUUCAACGUCGACACUGAACAUCCACUGAGAUUUAACAGCACACCAGACGAUUUCUUUGGUUACAGCGUUUAUCAGACUGAGUUUGGAAACAGGAAACAGAUCAUUGUUGGAGCUCCAUUACAAGGAAAUUCAACAGGACAAAUUUACAGCUGCACCGCAGAUCUGCAGUCCUGCGAACAGCUGCAGUCGCCAGGUUCAGAGAGCGCCCGUUUCUUCGGCAUGUCUGCUGCUGUGUCGUCUGCUGCUGUGACUAGCUGCAGUCCGUAUGUUCCUCACGAGUGUGAUGGAAACUCGUAUCUGAACGGCGUUUGCUACCAGUUCAACAGCAGCUCACAGGCCGUCUCAAACUUUACUGCCGCUUACCAAGAAUGCACCAAGAGAGAGGUCAAUCUGGUGUUUCUCUUUGAUGGAUCCAGCAGUAUGAAAGCACAUGAGUUUCAAAUGAACAAAGACUUCAUUAAAAAUAUUAUGAAAACACUUUCAAACUCAUCCAUAAAGUUUGCUGCUGUCCAGUUUUCAUCAGACAUACGAACUGUGUUUGAUUUCAACGAUUAUCAGAACGGCUUCGCUGAAGAGAAACUCAAGAACGAGGCGCACAUGAAAUCUCUCACAAACACAUAUCGUGCAAUCAACUACGUUCUAAAUAAUCUGCUGAAUAACGUGUUGUCUGGAGCCAAUCCCAGCGCUGUGAAAGCUCUGGUGAUCAUCACAGAUGGAGAACCCAGUGAUAAUGAUAAUAGAAAUGUCCUCAAAACAUGUGAUGAGCAAAAUAUCCUGCGUUACGUCAUUGGGGUGGGAAAGGUUACGUUAGCCACAGUCACUCAACUGGCAUCAGCACCGAAAGACAACAACACCUUCUACAUUCAACAGUACAGUGGACUCCAGGGACUUCUUGACAACCUGCAAAAAAAGAUCUACAAUAUUGAAGGGUCAAAGGAAGCUCACGGCAGAGACAGACAGAGAGAGUUAUCACAGAGUGGAUUCAGUGUCAUCUCAUCUCAGGAGGACUCUGUGAUCGUGGGUUCGGUUGGAUCUAAUGACUGGCGUGGAGCUCUGUAUGAAGUGACGGGAUCAGGAUCUGAAUUCAGGGAGACAGAGAUCACCGAUCCAGCUGUCAGUAGAGACUCGUACAUGGGUUACUCGACUGUGCUGGGAACGAGAGGCGGCGUCCCUCAUCUGUUCUCUGGGGCGCCGCGGGCCGAGCACACGGGUCUGGUGACCCUCUUCACCAAGAAUAAAAACACAUGGACAGUGACGAGGAACAUCAAAGGAGAACAAAUUGGCUCAUAUUUCGGAGCGUCUCUGAGUCUGUUGGAUGUGGACUCUGAUGGAGACUCAGAUUUCCUUCUGGUCGGAGCUCCAUUAUUUUACCAGUCUCAGCCGAGGACUGAAGGAAGGCUGUACGUCUACGCUUUCUCAGAGCAGAAUUUUCAGAAAAUGCUGAAUGUGAGCGAAUCAACCACCGGCAGAUUUGCUGCAUCUUUGGCUUCACUAAAGGACCUGAAUGGAGACAGUCUGUCAGAUGUGGCGGUUGGGGCGCCGCUGGAGGAUGAAGGAGUCGUCUACAUCUACCUGGGCGACAGGACGCUUGGCAUAAACCCUAAACACGCUCCUCAGCGGAUCCCAGCGCGGUCGGUUCUGUCUGGUCUGCAGCAGUUCGGGGUGUCUCUGUCCGGUCAGAUGGACAUGAACGAUGAUAAUCUGACAGACAUCGUGAUCGGAGCACAAGGAGGGAUUGUCCUGCUCAAGGCUCGGCCUGUGAUGUCUGUGUCUGCACAGCUCAGCUUUAGUCCAAAGGAAAUCAGCUUGAACUACUUUGAAUGUCCGGGUGACAGCGCAUUUAAUGCAUUUAAUCUGUCUUCGUGUUUCACGGUGACCGAGAGGACCGGCAGCACCGGAUCUCUGGAGAAGAAGCUGAAUGUUUCUCUGAACCUGAAUGUGGAUGUGGUGCGAGGAAUGAGUCGAGGAUUCUUUGAUCAGAAGGAUUCGUCGUCCAGGACUCUGCAGCAGUCCGUCCUGCUGGAUCCUGGAUUUUCCUGUUUCCCCUUCUCCAUCUUCAUGCUGCGCUGCGUUGCAGACACAGUGUUGCCUCUGAAGAUACAAAUUAAUUUCUCACAAUCUGAGAUGUCUUUUGGCUGUUCUUGACAAAACUCUUCAAAAUUUUUGUCUCUUCAAGUUUCUGUGACAUGCAAAAGCUCUGUAGAAGUUUCUCUUUUCUGUGACUAGGUCCCGUUUCAAAGGAACUGUAAUUCAAACAGCAGCUGUGUGGCCGAUCUGAAGCUGAACUUCAGUUUUACGAACGACACACUAGUGGUGGAGAAUCAAGCUCAUUUCACCGUCCUCGUAACACUGGCAAACCCAGGCGACGACUCCUACAACACCAGCAUAGUGCUGCAUUACCCAGAAGGCCUCUCGCUCUCUAAAUUUGAGCCCAUUGAGUCGAGCCGGACUCGAAGCAGCUGUGGUGAUGGGGACGGCGGCGCUACGAACAGAACAACCUGCAGAAUCAAUCAACCGGUGUACCGCAGCAACACCACAACUCAGUUUCUGGGAACGUUCCGUGUGACGAUAUGGGAUCGUGACUGGUCUGACCGAAUGGAGAUGAUGAUCAUUGCCGGCAGUGAUAACAAUAGAAACACGACUGAUUCAGCGGUGAGGAGGAGCGUCCCGGUGCAGUUCUCCGUUGAUCUGGCGAUCAGUCUAGAGGCUGAAAACUCUGUGACGUAUCUGAACUUCUCUGUGGAGGACAAAGCUCCAAAACCUCUCGACAUCACCUACAAGGUGGAGAAUCUGCGUGGUAAAGGUCUGCCGGUGUCGGUCACGUUCACACUGCCCUGUCAAACUGCACCUGUGAUUUUAACACAUCACAGCAUCAGCGUACAUGAGGUGCAUCACUCGUCCAUCAGCUCAUACCAUCAAAUCAUCAUGUGUUUGCUGAAUAAACAACUUCUGUUCUUCUCUCCAGAACAAAACGUUGUGUGACUUCAAGCCAGAACAACAGGACGGUCACUGUGGGAAGUUUGAGUGUCGUCAGUUUAAUCUGCAGAAAACUUCAGCAGUUUACUUAACCUGACAGCGCAGGCAGCUCUCCAUAACAUGACGGAAUAUGAGCAUAUAAAUCCCUUCAAAGAGAUCAGGAGUGAUUACGUGUUCAACAUCAGCGCUGAGCUCCACUACAACACAAGCCGCUACAACCAGACUUUAACCGGGCUGAAGGAGGAUCCCCACAGAUCCCAGACGGCAGUGAAGGUGGAGGUUGUCGAUCCUCCCAGUCGAAUGCUGAUUGUCAGCAUUGGUGCAGUGGGCGGAUUCAUCUUGCUCAUUAUCAUAUUCCUCCUCCUGCUGAGGCUCAACCGUCCGUCACAGAAUGGAACUCACAGAAUUGUGGGAUAUCUAAGGCAGCAAAGGAUACAUCUAUGCCGCCUUCAAAAUUCGAUCAGGAAAAGACAAGAAGUGAAACCGAAUUUGCAAUCGGACGAUGCCUUCCUGCCUUGGAAUGCCGCCUCUGAAACUAACUGGUUAAACUAACCAUAGUUUAACCAUGGUACUUUUAGUAAGACUGUGCUUAUACAAAUGGUAACCAA